AUGCAAGAAAGCCUUCUCCAACCUUCUUCUACAUUCCUUCAAAUUAAUUUAUCCAUCUUUGUUUUCUCCAUUUCGACCUCCAGAGUUUUCCCACCGCGUAUCAGGGAGAGCAUGGAUUGGACGUCGCACACCGAUUCCAGCCACGAAUCGACAGUUUUAAGCUUUUUCAGCUUCAAUUUUGAAGACUCAGUCUAUCAAUUAAUCAACCAUGGUGGAGGAUUUGGUGUAACUUUCACCUGUUUUUUUGAUUCUUUUUGGACCAACGCAAAAAGGCUACAUAACACAGAUGCUAAGAGGAAUGAGGUGGAUGGUUAA